AUGUGUGUUUUUGUGCAUGUCUCUGAACUGUGUCUGUCUGUUUCAGCUCUGAACACGGUUUACAUAGUCCUGCCCACCAUCCCGUUGUUGCUGCUGUUACUAAUAGCAACCGGGCUCUUCUGCUUCAAGCUGCUGGCUCGACGGUGAGGAGCAAGUACUAACUAGCAUGAGGUAGACUGGUAGUAUGGAUAGCAUCCACUGGUUUCAGAAUGAGAAUAAUGCAUUGAUUGAUUUAGUGACUGUCUAUAUAGCUAUUCCAGUUUGUCUCUGUGCGCUUGCAGGAGGAAGCGGGGUGUGCAGCAAACAGAGGUGUGUCCUAGCGAACCAGGGUCUUGUCCAAGCCCCGCCCAGCCGCCUGACGUCUACAACGUGAUUCGUUCCCAGCAGGAGGCCGACCUGGCCGGAACACGCCCCCACACCAAGAACACUUCCUUCUUAGGUGAAAAUAAAUAUGUUUUGUCACCGGUGUAUUGAAAUGUGUUGUUUUACAGGGUCAGCCAUAGUAGUAUGAUAGGUCCAGUGUAAUGUGUUGUUUACAGGGUCAGCCAUAGUAGUAUGAUAGGUGCAGUGUAAUGUGUUGUUCUACAGGGUCAGCCAUAGUAGUAUGAUAGGUCCAGUGUAAUGUGUUGUUCUACAGGGUCAGCCAUAGUAGUAUGAUAGGUGCAGUGUAAUGUGUUGUUCUACAGGGUCAGCCAUAGUAGUAUGAUAGGUGUAGUGUAAUGUGUUGUUUUACAGGGUCAGCCAUAGUAGUAUGAUAGGUCCAGUGUAAUGUGUUGUUUUACAGGGUCAGCCAUAGUAGUAUGAUAGGUGCAGUGUAAUGUGUUGUUUUACAGGGUCAGCCAUAGUAGUAUGAUAGGUCCAGUGUAAUGUGUUGUUUUACAGGGUCAGCCAUAGUAGUAUGAUAGGUACAGUGUAAUGUGUUGUUUUACAGGGUCAGCCAUAGUAGUAUGAUAGGUGCAGUGUAAUGUGUUGUUUUACAGGGUCAGCCAUAGUAGUAUGAUAGGUCCAGUGUAAUGUGUUUUACAGGGUCAGCCAUAGUAGUACGGUGCCCCUGGAGAAAAUUAAGGGGUUAAGUGCCUUGCUCAAGGGCACAGACAGAUAUUUCACCUUGUCGGCUCGGGUAUCCGAACCAGCGACCUUUCGGUUACUGGCCCAACGCUCUAACCGCUAGGCUACCUGCCCUUUGACCUCUAACCCCCCCCCCCCCCAAAUAAUAAACUAGGCCAUACUUGCGAACAUAAUAAGCAUUUCAAGUUAAACAGGUUCUCACGCACAAAAUUCGUAUCAGCCAAUUAAAGUUGUCUAUUUAUUUGCAUGUGACAGAAAGGUAAAUUGUAGCUGGUCCCAUCAGAUAACAUAGCACACCUUGUUAGGGAUUGGCUUAUCGAGUACACGAACGGACGUCAAAGUCGAGUACACGAACGGACGUCAAAGCUCGAUCUUCAUCCAGAGAUUAAAAAAUAAUCCAAUACUGUAAAACUAUUUGGUGGAAUGUGCUUUGUGGCUGCCUGAAGUUACUUUUUGUCUUGAACUCUAGUGUUCCAUUUCUGUAUGUGGAUUUGCGGGGCACAACAAAAAAUAAACCAAGCCAAGCAGCGUUCUUCUCCCUAAAUUCCCUUCCGUGUCUCAUUCACUCAAUUGCAUUCCUACAUUCUGACGUGAGUCAAUGGUGAUUUGUAGGGAUGGGCAUGAGUAAUACAGUACUUGAACGGACGUCAAAACCCAAUCUUUAAACAGAGAUCACAUUUUUUUAAACUACUGUAAAGCUAUUUGGUGGAAUAUGCUUUGUGGCUCCCUGAAAGGCAAGUAAAAAAAAAUAUCUUAAAGACAACAAUAAUUUGCUUUGACUCUAGUGUUCCAUUUCACAUGUGCAUUUGCAUGGUACAACAAAAAAGAAACCUGUCACGAAUUCAGCCGAGGCUGCCCCUUGUCACACUCGUUGAAGGACGGGUCAGACCAAGGCACAGCGUGAAAUGUAUACAUGUUUAUUUAACCAAAUAAACAUACAAAACAACACAACAAAACGAGACGUGACGUGACGUCGGCAGGCUAUACACGAACAAGCCAAAACUCACCAAACACAAACCAGAUCCCACAACACAGGCAGGAAAACUGGCUGCCUAAGUAUGAUCCCCAAUCAGAGACAACGAGCGACAGCUGCCUCUGAUUGGGAACCACACCCGGCCAACAUAGAAAUACAAACAUAGAAUCAACACACACAUGAUAUUCACACCCUGACCAAACUAACUAGAGUUCUAUAGGCUUCAUUGAAUUUGUCGUCUCGCUCUAGCCGCCCACUCCCCCCCGCAUCCCAUAGCCAGGGAUGUAUUCAUUACGGAAACCGUUUACCGUUUAAGAACCAGGGGUGUAUUCAUUACGGAAACCAUUUAAGAACCAAACGGAGCAAACAAAACGGGGAGGGAACUACCUGAAUUUGUCCAAUAGAAACUCUCGUUAUCAUUUUCCGUUUGGAAUAAACGGUUUGGAAAAGUGAGUGGCGCAGUGGUCUAAGGCACUGCAUCGCAGUGCUAACUGUGCCACUAGAGAUCCUGGUUCGAAUCCAGGCUCUGUCGCAGCCGGCCGCGACCGGGAGACUCAUGGGCGGCGCACAAUUGGCCCAGCGUCGUCCAGGGUAGGGGAGGGAAUGGCCGGCAGAGAUGUAGCUCAGUUGAUAGAGCAUGGCGUUUGCAACGCCAGGGUUGUGGGUUCGUUUCCCACGGGGGGCCAGUAUAAAAAAAUAAAUAAAAAAUAAUAAUAGUAUAUAUAUGUAUUCACUAACUGUAAGUCGCUCUGGAUAAGAGCGUCUGCUAAAUGACUAAAAUGUAAAUGUAAAUAGGCCAGGGCGUGACACCCCUCCUCCUUGCUCAGGCAGGUUUCGGCGUUCGUCGUCACCGGCUCACUAGCCACUACCGCUCCAUUUAUCAUCACUCCAUUUGUCUUGUCAAUCACACACCCCUGGUACUCAUUCCCUCAUUAGUCUGUGUAUAAGUGUUCCCUCUGCCCCCUUGUCCUUUGUGAGUGAUUGUUCGUUGUGAGAGUGAGUAGCUGGGUUGAGCUACUCUUUCCUUGUAUGCAGCCGAGGUUGAUUUUCCCUUGUGCUAGUUUCCUUCUGUCGCUAUAUGCGCUACAUUAUUGGACACUGAAUAAACUCUGGAUUUCAGUGUUUUACCUCCUGCGCCUGACUCCGUCAUUCACACCUCGUCACAAAACCAAGCAUCACACACUUCUUCUCCCUAAAUUCCCUUUCACCUCCGUGUCUCUUUCACUCAUUUGCGUGCCGACCGCUCCCUCCACACAAGCUCCCGUGCCGACCGCUCCCGUGCCGACCGCUCCCGUGCCGACCGCUCCCUCCACACAAGCUCCCGUUAGGCCUACAGAAAUAAAUGCCUAUAAAAACGUAUCUAACUGAUGGGCUACUAAACAAGCUACAUUCCUUGCCAAAUGACGACAGUUUUAUCACAAAUUCAAAAUGGACUGGAGUAGGAAAAUUAGAUAGCAAAAGCUCAGCCUGGCAAGGAACAGGAUAUAGAACAGGCGGACAUAACAGAUGGAACAGGAUAUAGAACAGGCGGACAUAACAGACGGAACAGGAUAUAGAACAGGCGGACAUAACAGAUGGAACAGGAUAUAGAACAGGCGGACAUAACAGACGGAACAGGAUAUAGAACAGGCGGACAUAACAGAUGCCUGUCAUAGAUGGCCCGAUCAUCCUCUCCUCAGUCAUCGCUAAUUAGGGUGUGAAAUUCGUCCCAGCUCUCUCCUUCAAUCCCCACAUUAGUCACAUCUGUAAAAUGUCAUUCUAUCACCUGAAGAACAUCUCCCGCAUAAGACCCUCUCUCACCGCAGAAACGCUAACCAAUGCAUACAUUUUCUCCAGAAUUGAUUAUGGGAGCGCAGUACUUGGGGGCCUGCCUGCAAAUUCAAUUCAUAAACUACAGCUCAUCCAAAAUAGUGCUGCAAGGAUUCUGACACAAACUAAAAAACUCUGCCCACAUCACCCCCAUCCUGGCGGAACUCCAUUGGUUACCUGUUCCUCAAAUAAUUGACUAUAAAAUUCUCCUCCUUGUCUACAAAUCCCUAAAUGGCAUCGGACCCACCUACCUGUCAGACCGGGCCUUUCCCUCCAACGCACCACACCUUUGGAACUCCCUUCCAGAUAAUUUCAGGGUUGUUCAGACUGUUGGGGCUUUUAAAGCAGGCCUUAAGACUCACCUCUACCAGCUGGCCUACCCUUCCUCCUAGGCUUUGAUUGCUGCUUUCAUGAUAUGGUUUAGAUAUAUUUGUUCAGUUUUUUUAAACUAUUUUUCUAUUUUCUAUUUUAUUUGAUGCACUUUGAGAUAAUUCUUGUUUAAUGAGAAGUGCUUUACAAAUGUAAUACAUUGUUAUUAUUUUUGCAAACUAGCAUACGGAACAACUCUGCCAAAUGUGUCCUACCUGGUCUGAAAUAGUGACAAUAACAUAACACGUAGCACCAAUGGACAUGUGGGGGAGGGGUCUUGAAAUGUAAAAUCCAAUCAAAAUGUAGCCACUGGGAGUCAUGGAGGUAUGGCUUCCUGAGACUAGGUUUCGACACACCCACUGGUGUUGAUCCUCCCACUUUCAGACAAAUUCCACGAAUGCGGUUACCCAUGACUCAUUUAAAGGGGAAGGGAAACACUGUUGUUUCUCCAUAGUAACGGUCUGUGUGUUCUUUCUCCUAGGCUCCUCCCCCGACAUGUCCCCUGGUGACUAUGACAACCUGGGCGGUCUACGAGACACGGAGAGUGGUUUCGUCACGCUGGCCAGCACAGAGAGCAACUUCAUGUUGACCUCUGAACUCUACGACCUUAGUCUGGGGCGACGCAACGGCAAUCCAGACAUUUACCACAACAGUCUGGGUCGGCAUGGCAACAGAGAGGUUUAUAACAACAGUCUGGGUCGGCAUGGUAACCGAGAGGUUUAUAACAACAGUCUGGGUCAUCAUGGCAACGGAGAGAAGUACGACAACAGUCUGGGUCAUCAUGGCAACGUGGUGAAGAGUAGUGAUCUGUACAACACCAGUCACUAUGGAGACAGUCUUUACCAAACCAGCCUGGAUCGCUAUGGUAACCCUGAACAGUACGAGGGAAGCCUAGGUCGUCAUGGGAAUGAUGCCAGUGUAGAUUGCUAUGGAAAGGAGGCCACUGUGGGUUACUAUGGCAACGAGGGCAGUCUGGGUGGGAAGUGCUAUAAAGAGUGGUUGGACAGUGACAGCUACUGA